CCCAGGGCCGGCUGAGAGCUAUGGCGGCUGCGGCAGUGGCAGCGCUGCUGAAGAGGGUGGGACGUGGUCGCGCCUUGAGCCUGGGCGGAUUCCGGAGCCUCACCGGGCGGCCCCUACCUCUUUCCGAAGCCGACGAGCCUGGAGCCGCGGAGCCACGAGCCCGCCGGUGGGCGGCGGCUGCUAUGGGUGCGGGGGCGGCCGCGGCGCUGUUACUGCUGUGGGGUUCGGGGGGCCGCGGGCGCCGCCUGGGCCUGGGCUUGGGCUUCGCACCCCCCGCCGUCUUGGCUGCCGUCCCUACGCCCCCUUCAUCAUCCUCCCCACGGCGGCUCUACAACUUUAUCGCCGAUGUGGUGGAGAAAACUGCGCCCGCCGUGGUUUACAUCGAGAUCCUGGGCCGACACCCGUUCUCAGGAAGAGAGGUUCCUAUCUCCAAUGGCUCGGGCUUCAUCGUGGCCUCUGAUGGCCUCAUUGUCACCAAUGCCCACGUCGUAGCUGACCGUCGCAGGGUCCGUGUGCGACUGCCCAGUGGGGAGACCUACGAGGCUACUGUUACGGCUGUGGACCCUGUGGCUGAUAUUGCCACGCUCAGGAUCCCAACCAAGGAGCCCCUUCCCACGCUGCCCUUGGGCCGCUCAGCUGAAGUCCGCCAGGGUGAAUUUGUUGUUGCCAUGGGAAGUCCUUUCGCACUUCAGAACACCAUCACCUCUGGCAUCGUUAGCUCAGCCCAGCGGCGGGCCCGCGACCUUGGUCUACCUCAGCCCAACGUUGAGUAUAUCCAGACGGAUGCAGCUAUUGAUUUUGGAAAUUCCGGGGGUCCCCUGGUUAAUUUGGAUGGAGAAGUGAUUGGGGUGAAUACAAUGAAGGUCACAGCUGGGAUCUCUUUUGCCAUCCCUUCUGACCGCCUCCGAGAGUUCCUGCAGCGAGGGGGGAAGAAGAGUUCCUGGUUUGGGACCAGCGAAUCGAAACGUCGAUACAUUGGGGUGAUGAUGCUGACUUUAACACCCAGCAUCCUGGCUGAGCUGCAGCUCCGAGAGCCAAGCUUCCCUGAUGUCCAGCAUGGUGUCCUCAUCCACAAAGUCAUCCUGGGCUCCCCUGCACACCGGGCUGGUCUGAGGCCAGGGGACAUAAUUCUUUGCAUUGGAGAUCGGUUGGUGAAGUCAGCAGAAGAUGUAUAUGAGGCUGUUCGUACACAAGCCAAGCUGGCCGUGCAGGUCCGAAGGGGGUUGGAUACACUGACCUUGUUUGUGAUUCCAGAGGUCACUGAGUGACCAGGACAUACUGAAGGGCCUAAGAACUUCCAUGAUCUUGCUUGCCCCAGUGGAGGGAAAAAGGAGGGUAUGGCCCCUGCCCUGUCUCUAGACCCCUUCUUCCUUGAAGCUGGAAUAGGUUGGGAGGGGAAUAAGGUGGGGAAUGAGCCAGGGGAGGGCAGGCCCUCCCCACCUACACACCCCAAAGAAACAAGAAAAACAUUUUAUAUAAAAUAAAAUAAAAAUAAAAUAAAAUUUUAA